AUGCGCCAGCGCCUAGCCCUCCGCCGGAUCCUCCUCCAGAGGCUCUUCCGGCUCCAGACCACACGGCCCUUCACGAGCAACACCACACCCCUCGCCUCGCGCGGCCGGCCGCAGCUCCCCUUCCUGUCGAUCCCCGUCGCCUCCCCGCGGCACCCCCGCGUCCGCUACUUCACGACCGAGAAGAAGCGCUGGCUCCGCUACGAGGGCCGCCUGUUCCUCCGCUACAACGUCUCCAUCUGGGGCGGCGCCCUGUGCGUCCUCGGCAUCGUCUUCCUGCUGAACCAGGAGGCCCUGGAGAAGGAGCACCCGACGCCCCACGAGUGGUCCCUCCUGACGCGCAUCGGCGUGCGCGGCGCCAAGCACGCCGCAAAGGGCAGCCAGAGCCGCGACGUGGACUGGGUCGAGGUCCUCGUGUCGUGCCGGGAGAUGCUCAAGAGGCUCGAGGACCCCGCCGGCGACGGCGCCGGCAUCCGCGAGCUCCUGGACGAGCCGCUGUCCAUCGAAGGCGUCGGCGCCGCCGGCAAGGACCUGUCCGCCAAGAGCGAGAACUGGAGGCGGGGCUACUACGAGGUGCUGAUGCUCCUGGCCCAGGCCUCGGAGCAGCUCGACGGCUGGGUCAGGGACAGGAAGAGCAAGUUCGUCUUCCCGGCCGAGGUCGUCAUCGGCCCUUCGAACCCGCGCCCGAAACCCAUCCCGGCCGGCGCCCAGAGCGCCCCCAAGGAGGAGGACUGCGAGCCCGCCUGCGAGCCCGCCGACAACCACUACCUGCGCAUCCUCACCACCAGGGGCUUCACGAACCGCCAGAAGAUGGACGCCGCCCUGCGCUACGCCUCCUUCCUCGACUACAAGAACCUGCCCGACGCCGCCGAGAAGAUGUACCAGUGGGCGCUGUCCCUGGCGACCGAGGAGGGCACGGCGCCGUCCGGCCCGCCGCCCCGGGUCGACCCCCGCACCUACACCCUCGUCAACGACAAGCUGUCGUCGCCGCCGCCGUCCGAGAACCUGCUGACCGUCCUCACCUCCAUCGCCCUGCACAAGGCCCGCGCCGGAGACGUCGGCGCCGCCCUGCCCAUCUUCGUCUCCGUCCUCCGCGCCCGCCGCGCCCUCCCGCAGACGCCCGCCGCCGGCCAGGAGCGCCCCUCCGACGCCCGCCCCGCCACCCUCUGGCAGCGCGUCUGGGACCUCGCCCGCCCGCCCACGUACCCGCCGCCGCCCGACGACGGCUCCCGCCCCCCCUGGCGGCACCCCCGCGAGCUCUGCGAGGAAGCCGGGCUCAACCUGUACAUCGGCGAGAUCCUCUACGCCGCCGAUGACGGCGGACGCAGGCCGAACCGCGAGGAGGGCCUCGUGUGGACGCGCGACGCCGUCGACCUCGCCGAGGAGCAGCUCCGCGCCAUCGGCCCGUCGGGCGGCGACGGCGAGGCCCGGCGCACGUGCCGCGAGUGCCUCAGCACGGGGCUUCAGAACUGGUCGACCAUGGUCGCGAGGCUGGCCCGGGAGGAGGAGGCGGAGAAGGAGGCGAAGAAGGCCAAGGCAAAGGCGGGUCCCGUCAGAUCCGCCUUUGGCUUCUGGAGCGAGGCCAAGACCACCGCCGCCGCCGACGACGACGACGACGGCGACGAGGGCAGGUGGGCGGCGGAGGAGAAGGUCGUCAACGAGAGGGUGCGGCGGACGAGGGAGCUAUUGGUGCAGGUCGAGCCGCCCGCCGCUGGACUGGCCUCUCUGCUCAAGGUGUAA